CUCAGUGACACAUGUCAGAAAAUUUCACUUGAUGUGCAUCGAGAUGCGGUGCAAGAUUCAAAGUUUGUUGGCCAUGUCUUUCACAGUUCCAAAACAUUGAGUCCAGUUCAGUGUUACAUGUGGUGUAUCGAAGACUGUCGGUGCUUGUCAUUUAACUACAACGAUACAGAUGAAGGAAAAUUCUGUGAAUUGAAUGAAGCAAAUCAUUUUACAAACAAGAGCUCCCUCAAACCUUCUCCCGGCUCAACUUAUUACAAUCUCCGCAAGGACGACUUUAUAAAGAUUAAUAGCGAUAUGGUUCCAUGUGUUGGUGACGUCACGUGUGGCAAUGACUGUUGCAGGAACAAUCUGUGUCUCAAUGGUGGAACCUGCACUGAGAUCUGUGAGCCCACAAGUGUACGGUACAGUUGUUCCUGUCCAGAGUUGUUUGUUGGGAAACAUUGCGAGACUAAGCCGGGAAGUUGUCAGGAUUACAAAGCAGCCGGCUUUAACUCAUCUGGAUUGUACAAAGUCACUGAUGGUAGCAAUCAAACCUUCACAGUGUUCUGUGACUUUGACUCAGAGCCUGAUUUCGCUUGGAACCUGAUUGAGUCAUUCAGUUUGUCCAACAAAAAUCUUGUUCAAGUAAAUAGCAUUGUAUUUUCCGACUAUGAUGAUUCUAAAGCGGUCAGCGGUGAGACACCAAACUGGCAGACAUACUUGAUCCGCCCAUCGUACUUUGCAUGGCUUGGCUCCCGGUCCACUCACUGGCGAGCCACUUGCCGUUAUGACACGGACGGGGUGGUUUACCGUGAUUACAUGCGAACUUCGUUUGAAGAUUUCGACCUAAUGAAUAUCCAAGUUCCAAUUGUCGCAAAGUGUGUCAAGUUUGAGAUCAUCAAUGUUAGAGGCUAUGAAUGUAAAUCAUGCACAGCACCUUUGUGGAACAAGAAAGACCAAAGCGCUUUGCAUACAGACAGCAGCAGAAGUUUCUGUCAGUUCAAUGGAAAUCGUGGUAACGUCGUCGAUAAUGAGGACAAUUUUGGUAGUUAUAAUACUUUCAAUCCUGCUUUUCGUUGUACUUCUAGUGCUGACGCUACAACUCAGUUCUGGGUAGGAGGAAAGUAGACGGGCUUCUGUGUUCCUUUAAUCUAAACCACUGCAUGUAGCAUUUAAGUGUAUGUAUAUGGAGUCGGUCAUUAUUAGUCGGCUGGGGAGGAAGGAGCUAAGAGGAUUUUGGUUGUUUCACGAUGAAAGUUAUCUGAUCUGCCCAAAAGGCUUUGGAACAUUUUUUUCUUUCCCCUCAUUGGAAGUUGAUUGGCAGUCAAGUUUUUAUAGCGCCCCCUUUAUUCUCUGAACUGAAGCGACGAUUGUACAAUCUCCCCUCCGUUCCACCUGAAAACCACGUGAUCACCACCCAAAUCCCCAAACCCCCCUCUCCGGUCGAUAAAUAAUGCUAUAAUCAGUCAAUUACAUGUAGUCAUCAAGUAGUCUGGAAACGACAAUUGAAAACGAAUCAU